AUGAAGUAUCUCGUAGCCGGACUUCUUUCGCUCGCCGGCGUUGUCUCGGCUGAAGGGCAACUCUGGGGACAAUGCGGCGGACAAGGCUUCACGGGACAGACAGCCUGUCCGUCGGGCUCUACUUGUCAAGUUUCGAAUCAGUGGUAUUCACAAUGCGUUCCCGGAACCGACUCGGCGAACAGCGCGUCAAAAGUAACCACCAGCCCCACUAACGCUGUUUCUCUCGCAGCAACGGGCUUCGCAAAGACGGACGGCCUGCUCUUCAACAUCGACGGCCAAACCAAGUACUACGCGGGCACAAACAGCUACUGGAUCAGCUUCCUGACCAACAACGCCGACGUCGAUAAGACGUUCGACCAGCUCAAGUCGGCGGGCCACAAGAUCCUGCGCGUCUGGGGCUUCAACGACGUCACGUCUCAGCCAGGGUCCGGCACAGUCUACUUCCAGUACCUGUCGGCAAGAGGCUCGACUAUCAACACGGGAGCCAACGGCCUGCAGCGCCUCGACUACGUAGUCUCGUCUGCCGAGAAGCGCGGCAUCAAGUUGAUUAUCAACUUCGUUAACAACUGGAGCGACUACGGCGGGAUGGCGGCUUACGUAACCGCCUUCGGCGGCUCCCAAAAAACCUGGUACACCAACACCGCGGCGCAGAGCCAAUACCGCGCGUACGUCAAAGCAGUCGUAUCGCGCUACGCCAACUCCUCCACGGUGUUCGCCUGGGAGCUAGCCAACGAGCCGCGCUGCAACGGCUGCGAGACCAGCGUCCUGACCGCCUGGGCCAAGUCCACCUCGGCCUACGUCAAGAGCCUCGACCCCAACCACAUGGUGACGCUGGGCGACGAGGGCUUCGGCCUCGACGGCGACGGCAGCUACCCCUACCAGUUCGGCGAAGGCCUCGACUUCGCGGCGAACCUCAACAUCGACACCCUCGACUUCGCCACCUUCCAUCUGUACCCGAGUUCCUGGGGCACGCAGAACGAGUGGGGCAACGCGUGGAUCGAGGCCCACGGCGCGGCUUGUGCGGCCGCGGGGAAGCCGUGCUUGUUUGAGGAAUACGGAUCUACAACCGACCACUGCGGCGUCGAGGGCAAGUGGCAGAAGACCUCGCUCUCGACCAAGGGUCUUGCAGCCGAUCUGUUCUGGCAGCUGGGGACUACGCUGAGCACGGGGCAGACGCACAAUGACGGAUACACCAUAUACACGGGCUCGUCGGAGUGGACUUGUCUGGUUACGAACCAUGUCUCUGCUAUUAAAUAGAUGGGAUAUUGUCGUUAGUGUUGAUUGAUUAGCUAGGAGUAAAAUAAUAUCAAUAUCGAUCGAUUCAAGGGACUUGCCUGGUAGACGUGAAAAUUAUAUAUACAGAGCCGUUUUAUUUCUGUAUAUGAAUAAUGUCUCAGGCAUCGUAGUUUUACGGAUUUGAGAAUAGCGCAGGUAUAUUAAGGGGCACAGGCACAGAACUCCUCUGGCAAGACUCGUCGUAGCUUGAUAUUAGUGCAAUCAUUAAACGCCGUCAUGGGCUUCCAGCCAAUGUGUACCGCUCUAGCAAACAAAGGAUAUCACGAUGCAGCGCCGAUAACCAAAGACCGUAACCAAAACCCGUAGGUGUUACCCAACCCAAUGCUAUCCAUAUCGUCAUCAAUGCUUUGUUGAAUCAUUUGUCUUAUCGUUAUUCCUUUGACCAGAUGG